AUGGCUGCUCCUUUAUUAUACGCAAAAGCAGAUGAUGGCUACCUGUUCAAGCUCUCUCAUGGUCACGAUGCAGUGUUGCAAAUCGGAUUGAAUGGCUCAACUUUGGUCAAGCCAGAACUAUUCCCAGUUACUGGUAUAAACUCAAUUGCUGCUAUUAUCGGUGUUAUUAGAUUACGCUCUUCUCGUUAUAUCAUUGUUGCAACAAAGACCAAGGAAGUUGGUCAACUACGUCAAGAUUCCGUCAACAAAAUUGUGGAAUACAAAGUUUUGCCUUUAUCCAACUCAUUUUUGAAAGAUGACGAUGAACAAAAAUAUUUGGAACUAUUGAAAUUUCAUUUGGAUUCAGCUCAACUUUAUUUCUCAUACACAUAUGACUUGACAAAUUCUCAUCAAAGAAUCGGGGAAAAUGAAGGGUCUAUCAAACCAUUAUGGGAGCUAGCUGAUAAGAGAUUUUUCUGGAAUUAUUAUGUUGCUGAAGAGCUCAUCAAUAAUGCUACAGAUGACUACAGAUAUAACUCAUUUAUUGUCCCUCUGAUCUAUGGUUAUGUUAAUAUAAUUCACACUUCAACAAACUCUAAGCCAAUUUCAUUCGGUUUGAUUACUAGAAGAAGCAGACUAAGAGCUGGUACAAGAUAUUUCCGUCGUGGUAUCGAUGCUUCAGGUAAUGUUGCAAAUUAUAAUGAAACUGAACAAUUGUUAAUUUUGCAUCAUUCUAGAGAAAGUUAUGAAACUUUUAGUUAUAUUCAAACAAGGGGAUCAGUUCCUGUUUAUUGGGCUGAGGUUAACAAUUUGAAAUAUAAACCAGACCUAAGUAUUGGAGAACCUCCUUUGGAAGCCGCUAGAAAGCACUUUGAUCAACAAAUCAGCUUAUAUGGGGACAACUAUCUGGUAAAUUUGGUUAAUUCCAAAGGUUAUGAAGAGCCAGUUAAAAAUGCUUAUGAAAAUAUUGUCGAUGCUUUAGGUGAUCCAAAACUUCAUUACGUUUAUUUUGAUUAUCAUCAUGAAUGUCGUAAUUUGAAAUGGCAUAGAGUUAAGAUUUUGAUUGAACAUUUGGCACAAUUGGGUUUAAGUAACACCGACUUUUACCAUGAAGAAAGAACACAAAAUAAUGUCAAGUUAAUCAACCAACAAGGUUCAGUUGUUCGUACAAAUUGUAUGGAUUGUUUGGAUAGAACUAAUGUUGUCCAAUCCACUUUAGGACAUUGGGUUUUACAAAAACAAUUUGAAAUUGGUGGAAUCUUACCUCCAGGAUCAAUUUGGGAACAUGAUAAAUUAUUAUUAUUCCAAUUCCAAAACAUAUGGGCAGAUAAUGCGGAUGCUGUUAGUAAAUCUUAUUCAGGGACUGGAGCCUUGAAAACUGAUUACACAAGAACUGGUAAACGUACCAAGAAGGGUGCAUUAAGUGAUUUGAUGAAUUCAAUAACAAGAUAUUAUAAAAACAAUCUCAGAGAUGGUCCUAGACAAGACUCUUAUGAUUUAUUCUUGGGUUUAUUCUCACCAUAUGGUGCUGUUGAUUCUCCAUUUGAGGAUAAAAGACCUCCAUUAACACAAUCAAUUCCUUAUAUUUUUAUAGCAUCUUCAAUCUUAUUCUUUGCAGCUAUUUUGUUUCCAAAAGGUUCAAUCUUUAGUUUGAAAAAUAUGUUCUUGUUGGCCUCAUGUUUAAGUGUUUUGGGAAUUUCAGGUAAUUAUAUGCUAAAGAACGGUAUGCAAUAUGUUUUUUGGCCAAAAUUGGUUGAGAUGGAGUUUCUUGCCAAGAGGGACAUUUUCAGUGAUGGUAAGUUUAGUGGUGUUAGAUUUGCUAAAAGUAAUAGAUAUCAUUCACCAAAUGAAGCUAAAAAGGACUAG